AUAAUAAAACAUAAAAACACGGCCCUAAUUGAAAACCGAAGAAAAAAAUGUUAAAAGUUCGGAGGGAGGGGUUUUGAAUUUCAAUGUUGAAUGUUUUUGAAAGGAAGAAGAGAAGCAUGGAAGUAGAAGACUGGGAUUUGAGCGCAGAGGAUCUCGAUUCUCUCGAAAGAGACGCUUUCCAGAAGAUUGCUCAACUACGCCACCCUUCUUCUCCGCAUCAACACCAUUCUGCAACCAACCAGUUCCCACCAAAACCCCUUUCCGGUUCACGUCCUCAAACUGUUGGUGCUGUGUCGCAAGGAGCAAGAGUAUUGCCCACGUCAUUGAAGUCAGGGACAAACAACGAUGAACAUUCAAAAGACCUCCCAAAGAUUUCGGUCAAAUUUUUUCUUCAUUCCACUGGAAAUGUUGCAGCAAAGUUUCCAUAUGACCAGGGAGUAGUUGCUGCUUUUCGAAAAAUCCCUAAAUCUUCUUGGAAUGCAAAAGAACGGUUAUGGAUGUUCCCGCUAUCUUCCUUGUCAGAAGCAGAAAAAGUUCUUGGAGAAAUAUCUGGUUAUAAUGUUCAGGUGGAAAGAUUUGAUCCCUUAGUGCAACGUGCCAUUACUGCUGCAUCUGCAGUUCCCGAUCUUCGAGAUCGGUAUGACAAGAUCCCUAGCUAUGUUGAAUCAAAGCUUAUGCCAUUUCAGCGAGAGGGUGUUAGGUUUAUAUUGCAGCAUGGAGGACGUGCUCUUUUAGCAGAUGAGAUGGGACUUGGGAAAACCUUGCAGGCCAUUGCUGUAGCUGCAUGCGUUCAGGACUCGUGGCCUGUUCUCAUACUUGCACCAUCUUCAUUACGCUUACAAUGGGCUUCUAUGAUUCAACAAUGGCUGAAUAUUCCUUCUUCAGAUAUACUUAUUGUCUUACCUCAAAGUGGUGGAUCAAAUAGAGGAGGUUUUAAUAUAGUAUCUUCAAGUGCCAAAAGAAGCAUUCAUCUGGAUGGACUAUUCAACAUUAUUUCAUAUGAUUUGGUGCCAAAGCUACAGAAUAUGCUUUUGGCAUCUGACUUUAAGGUUGUGAUUGCUGAUGAAUCACAUUUUCUGAAAAAUGCUCAGGCAAAGAGGACAACUGCUUCUCUUCCUGUUAUUAAGAAAGCUCAAUAUGCAUUAUUGCUUAGUGGAACUCCUGCUUUAUCCCGACCAAUUGAACUGUUCAAGCAGCUGGAAGCUUUGUAUCCUGAUGUAUAUAGGAAUGUUCAUGAAUAUGGCAACCGAUAUUGCAAGGGUGGGAUUUUUGGAAUUUAUCAAGGUGCUAGUAACCAUGAAGAAUUGCACAACUUGAUGAAGGCAACAGUGAUGAUUCGCAGGCUUAAAAAGGAUGUUCUUUCUCAACUUCCUGUAAAGCGCAGGCAACAAGUCUUCCUAGACUUGUCUGACAAGGACUUGAAGCAAAUUAAUGCUUUAUUCCGUGAGUUGGAGAUGGUAAAAGCCAAAAUUAAGGCAUCUAAAUCAAAGGAGGAAGCUGAAUCACUCAAGUUUACUCAAAAGAAUUUGAUUAACAAGAUAUAUACUGAUUCUGCAGAAGCCAAGAUUCCAUCUGUUCUUGACUAUGUUGGAACUGUAAUUGAGGCAGGUUGUAAAUUUCUUAUAUUUGCACACCAUCAGCCAAUGAUAGAUUCAAUACACGAGUUUCUUCUUAAGAAAAAAGUGGGUUGCAUCCGGAUUGAUGGAAGUACACCUGCUACAUCAAGGCAACAAUUGGUUACUGAGUUUCAGGAAAAGGAUGCUAUCAAAGCAGCAGUGCUAUCUAUUAAAGCUGGAGGUGUUGGGUUAACUUUAACUGCUGCCAGCACAGUCAUCUUUGCAGAAUUGUCUUGGACUCCUGGUGACUUAAUUCAGGCUGAAGAUCGUGUUCAUAGAAUUGGCCAGGUGUCUUCGGUAAAUAUAUACUACUUGCUAGCAAAUGACACAGUUGAUGACAUCAUAUGGGACGUAGUGCAAAGCAAACUGGAAAAUUUGGGGCAGAUGUUAGAUGGCCAUGAGAACACCUUAGAGGUCUCAGCUAAUUUGCCGGGGAAUAGCCCUGCAAAGCAGAAAACUCUUGACCAGUUUGUUAGAAGAUGUAAUAACAUGGAUGGGUUGGAACAUCAGUCCAACCCCAAACGACCGCGACACUGACCCAAAAGUUCGUGAAAGAGUGUUUCAAAUUGGAGAAUAACCGUGUGUUGGCACUCUUUUGUUCAUCUCACUAGAAGGGCUUUUUAAGCAUGGGGGUGUAGUUAAAAUCUAAUGACCAAAAGUCGUAUAAAAUACCGUCUUAGUUCAACUGACAACUCUAAACUAUGCAGCUGGUGCCAAAGGAACUCGUUAAUUUUGUGGAGUAUAUUAUGUAUGGGAUGAAAAUGGUGAUCAGUCUCCCAACAGUUUAUUGGUUUCAGAUCCCUUGGUCACUCACCCCAAACUUUUUUACCCCAUCAGUUGUUAGUGGGAUUUGUACAGAGUACAUUAUCAUAUGAAUGUAACCUGUAAAUUGCUUUACUCAAUGCAAAGC